AUGGCUGGUUUUGAUCCAUUAACUUUAAUCGAGAAAGAUGAUAUUUCUAGUUAUGAAAAAUUUAUUUUAGACUUAUAUGCUAAGACUUCUGCGGCAAUGAAUACGAGUCAUAAAAAUCGUAUAACAAAAUUAUUUGGAAGAUUGCCUCUUAAAUCAAUUCGAGAACUUAAUGAUAAAUUAAAUAAAUUUGUAGGUUCCUUUUUUGGAUCGAUUUAUUCAUGUGAAGAUGAUAGUUUUAACAAUCGUAUAAAAAUUGAUUUGAGUAAUCAUGUAUGUAAUUGCUGUAGAUCGCAUGAACAUAUUGAAAAUGAUUAUGAAUUAACCACUAUUCACAAGAUAAUAACAAAUGAUCCAAUCGACAUUACACAUAUGAAGCAUCGUAUGUUGCGUGAUCUUUUUUUAUGGUCGAUUUUUAUGGAUAUGCCUGAAAUGGCUAAAGUUUUACUUCUUCAUGUUCAGUCUCGUAUUUGUGUUGCUCUUAUUGCUUCAGCUAUAUUUAAGCAAUAUUCAAAAUUAUCUCAAACAAUUGAUUUAAAAGGUAAAUAUCUAACUCAAUCAUUUGAAUUUGAAACAUAUGCUGCAAUGUUUAUUGAUAAAUGUUAUAAAUAUAAUGAGAAACGUGCUUGUGAAUUACUUUUACGACAAAUACCACUUUUUGGUAAUAUUACAUGUAUGCAGAUUGCUAUUUCUAGUGAAAGUGAUAAAUUAGUUAAAACAGCUUGUUUUCAUGAAACAUUAAAUCAAGUAUGGUAUGAUAAAUUAUCUUUGACUAAUCGUCAUAUAUCAGCAAAAUUAUUACAAAUUCUUUCAAUUCUUACUUUUGGCUUAAUAGCACCUUGGAUUAUUAGUUAUCGAAAAGAAAAUCAAGAAUCAUUGAAUAAUACAAAGGAUGAUGCUCUCUCUGAAGAAGGUAUAAACUAUUAUGUCGAUGAACAAAAUUCAAACGAAGAGAAACGUACAAAUUAUUGGAAGCGUUUUCGAUAUUUUCAUGAAAAUCCAUUAAUAAAAAUGUCUUAUCAUUUUAUUAGUUAUGUAUGGUUUUUACUUGUAUUCAGCUAUAUGAUGCUUUAUCGUCUUGAUGCUCUUAAUACAUGUCCUAUUCCUCAUUGGACUGAAUUCUAUGUGAUUAUUACUGUUUCAACUAUGUUUUGUGAAGAAGCUCGAAGACUUUAUCAUGAAUAUGAUACACGUAUGACUGAACGAUGGGGCUCAACUUCAUCUACUAUUUUAACUGUAUUGUCAAAUGUAUUUUAUAUUAUGCCUUAUUUUCUUUUUUAUUUGGGUUUUGCCUUUCGAUAUGGUAGUUAUGAUGAAUAUUUACUUUCUACUGCAAGAAUUAUUUGGGCACUUGAUCUUGAAUUAUGGUAUCUUCGAUCAUUAAAAUUUGUUUUUGCUUUAAGAUUUUUAGGUCCAAAAUUAUUUAUGUUAAAAAAUAUGCUUCGAGAUUUAUUUGCUUUUGUCUAUAUGAUUUUCAUAGCAAUGACUGCUUAUGGAGUUGUAUCACGAGCAUUGAUUCUUUAUAGACAAGUAUCAUUUACAAGUCAUGGUAUUUUUAGUCAAAUUUUUUAUGAUCCAUAUUGGUUUAUUUAUGGAGAAGUGUCGGAUAAAGAUUUACUCGAAGAAAUAGUUAAUAGUAAUAGUAGUACAACAGGAAAUGUUGCACAAGCGAUAGCAACACAUGUUUUAUUAGCAUUUCAUAUGUUAUUGAUUAAUAUUCUUUUACUUAGUUUAAUAACCGCCGUUUUUACUCAUUCAAUUGAUGAAGUUCGAGAAAAUACAGAAUUUUAUUGGCGUUAUCAACGUUAUGCAUUUGUACGAGAAUAUUUCGAACGUUUACCAUUAUCUUGUCCCCCAUUAAUUGUUAUUUCACAUAUUGUAUUACUUUUUUUGACUAUUCGACGUAUAUGUCAUUCGAUAUUGUGUCGAAAUCAAGCGCCAAUUGAAAAUCAUGUACCACUAUCAAAAAAGCUUGCACGUGUUUUUAAAAUGAUUCCUACGAAUGACUCACAAAAUAAACAAUGGGAUUCUUUUGAAAAUGCUGCAACACAUAGUUAUAUUCGUUCAAUAUUAGAAAAAAAUAAAAACAAAGAUACUUUGUCUACCAGUCAUGG